AUGGCGUCGGACGAGUCAUCUUCGCGCAUUCAGCUUUACUCUCUGGCCACUCCAAACGGCCAAAAGGUGAGCAUCGCGUUGGAGGAGAUGGGGAUUCCGUACGAUGCGCACACGAUCAACAUCUUGAAGGACGAGCAGUUCACGCCCGAGUUCAUCGCCAUCAACCCCAACAGCAAGAUUCCCGCCAUCGUGGAUCCCAAGGGAGCGCCUGACGGCACCCCACUGAAGAUAUUUGAGAGCGGGGCCAUCCUGCUGUAUCUGGCGGAGAAGUCGGGCAAGUUCCUGCCGCAGGAUAUGGUGCAGCGAUGGGAGACUCUCUCCUGGCUCUUCUUUCAAAUGGGCGGCGUCGGUCCCAUGUUCGGCCAGUUCGGUCAUUUCUUCAAGUACGCGCGGGACAAGUGCGACCACCCGUACCCCACCGAGCGCUACACCAACGAGGCACGGCGGCUGCUGGGGGUGCUGGAGAAGCGGCUGGAGGGGAGGGACUUCCUCAUUGAUGCUGGAUAUACCAUCGCUGACAUGGCUAUCUUCCCCUGGGUCAUCUGCCUCAAGAAACAUUAUAAUGGAGAGGAGCAGCUGAAACUGGAGGAGUUUCCAAAGGUGCACGCAUGGACAGAGAGCCUGGAACUCUACUCCCACGGGCUGCACGGCUCCUCGCUGAGAGCCCUCGCGUUCUUGACUCGCCUUGAAUUCAUUGACCUUGAGAGCAACGCCUUUCACUGCCGACUACCCAAGGCCUUCUCCCGUCUACUCCACCUCACCUACCUGGACGUGUCCAAGAACCUUCUCUUCGGCUCCCUGCCAGACCUCUCCCGCCUGCCCCUCCAGUUCCUAUUCCUCGACCGCAACCGCCCCGCCCCUGCCUCGCCCUCUGCCCCUGCGCCUGCCGCUGCCACUGUCUCACCCUCUGCCUCUGCCCCUGCUCCUGCUUCUGCCUCCGGCGCCACGCUGAGCGAAAGGCAUGCCUCCACCGCUGCUGCUCGUGCAAAAAGGUGGUCUGGCCUCACGGGAGGGAUACCAGCAGGGCUGGCGAAUGUGACCACCCUGCGCGCCCUCGACCUCUCCUUCAACUCCUUGUCGGGCCCCAUCCCCGCUGCCCUGACCUCUCGUCUUACUCGCCUGCUGCAUCUUGGCCUUCAGAGCAACCAGCUUUCUGGCGCCAUUCCGCCGCUCGACCAGUUGAAGCAGCUGGCAACGCUUCAAGUCGCCUUCAACCCCUUCACACCAGCGCCUCUCCCGCCCUCCAUCCCGCGCCUCACCUCCCUCGUUCUCGUGCUCGAUCUCUCCGCCACCAACCUCCGAGGGCCCCUCCCCGACCUCUCUGCUCUUGUCGGUGUCACGGAUCUGCUACUCGACUUUAACAACCUUGAUGGGCCGUUGGAUCCGUCCUUCUUGCCCUCUGGACGGCUGGGAUUCUUCUCAGCCCACAGCAACAACUUCUCAGGCCCGAUCGACCCGCACCUGGCUGUCCCACUGGCAUCACCCAUCUUCUCCAUCCUCGACUCAGGGAUCAUCCUCGCCAACAAUUCCUUUUCGGGCAGCCUGCCAGGCAGCCUGGGCAGGCUGGUGCAGGCGUACGUGGUUGACGUGUCGCACAACCAUUUGUCGGGCCACAUCCCUCCUUCCUUCGGCACUCUAUACCAGCUCACCCGCUUCCUUCUCAACGAUAAUGCAUUCACCGGCGCCAUCCCCACUGAGCUGGGCAUAGCUACUGGGCUCAGGGUGUUACGGCUUGCUGGUAACCGCCUGUCCGGCACUGCCCCUGCCUCGUUCACCAACCUGACGCGGCUUCAGGAACUUGACCUGAGCCGAAACCACCUCGUUGCUUCCCUCCCCGACCUCUCCUCCUCCCUGCACCGCCUCACACUCCUCAAUACCUCUCGCAACUUCCUCUCAGGCCCCCUGCCGUCCCACCUCCCUCCCUCCCUCCUCUCUCUCGACCUCUCCAACAACUUUUUCUCGAGCAGCCUGCCCGGGUCAUCUGAUUGCCUUGGUGCGAAGCUGGGAGACAACUUCGGGCCGAACCUGGGAGCUGGUUUGGCGUGCUGGCUGGCGAAACAGCGCUCUGAGAGGCAGUGUGCUGCGUUCUGUGGAGCCAAUGAAAGUGUGAUACGUGUCUGCAGGUGA